CGGCUUGCCGCGUACUUGGAGCGGGGGCUGGCCCUAAUAGUAAACACAGAGGCUAACAGCGUAUGUUUGCUUUUAAACUUCCAAACGGCAGCCAGUUAACGAUUCAUUGGACUCAAACUUUCAGUUGUGUAAAGAGCGGAUGUUCGCCGUCGACUCCUUUGACGGGCUUGCCUGUUAUGUUUGCGUGUAUCUUGUAAACUAGAGAGUCGCCAGGGUGCGAUGUUUUUUUUAGCUGACAUCCAGCUGAAUAGGCGAAAGCACCAGAGCGUGUGUGAAUAGACUCAUUGUGCGGCUGCUGCCUGCCUGUCUGGUUUAGUGUGUAUGUCAGUGUGUGUGUGGCCUCGGCAUCCUUUUCUCUUCGGUGUCGUUUAUGCCACACGCACUCUCCGUCAUCGCUGCCUGCUGGCUGACACGCUGCGUGGACGGGCAGUAGGACAUUACCGGCGACAGCGAGCUGUCCGCUUGGCUACGGCCGCCGCUCGCUUUUGUCUGCCCACGGCGGUGACCGUAAAACAAAAACAACAACAAAAAGUCCCCACUAUGCCCCAGACUGGCAAAUCGAAAAACGCACCACCGGCGUCGGACUCUCUGCGUCCUCAAAUGGGGCCCCCGGCUGGGGAUCCAGAGGGUCUCCGGGAUGAUGAGGGGGACUCUGGACAGGACAACCAAGGAGACGCGGACAUCAUAAAAUCUCCAAGUGAUACCAAACAGUACAGGUACAUUAUGCUGGACAACGGGCUGCGUGCUCUGCUCAUCUCGGACUUCAGCUACCCGCUCGUGUCAGAAGACGACGACGACGAGGAGGAAGAAGAGGAGGAGGAAGGUGGUGAAGAGGAGGAGGAGGAGGAAGAGGAAGAUGACUCCAGUGAUGAAACCAAGGAGGAGUCGGAUGAAGGCGGCGACGAGGACGAUGACCGGCAGGGGAGGAAGAAGAGAGGGAAUGCAGAGAAGCAGUCUGCAGCCGCCCUGUGUGUCGGAGUGGGCAGCUUCAGUGAUCCCGCUGACCUCCCUGGCCUUGCCCACUUUCUGGAACACAUGGUUUCCAUGGGCAGCGAGAAGUACCCCUCGGAAAACGGCUUUGAUGCCUUUCUCAAGAAACACGGCGGCAGCGACAACGCCUCCACCGACUGCGAGAGGACCGUCUUCCAGUUUGACGUGCAGAGGAGAAGCUUCAAAGAGGCGCUCGACAGGUGGGCUCAGUUCUUCAUCUGCCCCCUGAUGAUCCGAGACGCUAUAGACAGGGAGGUGGAGGCCGUCGACAGCGAAUACCAGCUGGCCAAGCCGUCCGAUUCGCACAGGAAGGAGAUGCUCUUUGGCAGUCUGGCCAAGCCGGGACACCCCAUGGGCAAGUUCUGCUGGGGGAACGCCCAAACUCUGAAGCAAGAGCCGAAGAAGAAGAACAUCAACAUCUACGAGCGGCUACGAGAAUUUUGGGAGAGACACUACUCUGCGCAUUACAUGACCCUAGCUGUCCAGUCCAGAGAGAAACUGGACACGCUGGAGAUGUGGGUGCGAGAGAUCUUCAGCAAGGUGCCCAACAAUGGCCUUCCCAAGCCGGACUUCUCCGACAUGCGGGACCCCUUUGAUAUGUCAUCUUUCAACAAACUAUACAGAGUCGUCCCCGUUCGGAAGGUGCAUUCGUUGAACAUCACCUGGGCGCUGCCGCCUCAAGAAAAGCACUACAGAGUGAAGCCUCUUCACUACAUAUCGUGGCUGAUUGGCCACGAAGGUCCAGGAAGUAUCCUCUCCAUGCUUAGGAGGAAGUGCUGGGCCCUGGAUCUGUUCGGAGGAAACAGCGAAAGCGGCUUUGAUCAGAACACCACCUACUCCAUCUUCUCCAUCUCCAUCACGCUCACUGACGAAGGUUUCCAGAACUUCUACCAGGUGGUCCACCUGGUGUUCCAAUAUCUCAAGAUGCUUCAGAUCCUCGGCCCUCAGAAAAGGAUAUACGAAGAAAUUCAGAAGAUCGAGGCCAACGAGUUUCGCUAUCAGGAAGAGAGCGACCCUAUCGAAUACGUGGAGGACAUCUGCGAGAACAUGCAGCUGUUCCCCAAGGAGGACUUGCUGACGGGAGACCAGCUGAUGUUUGACUUCAGCCCCGAGGUGAUUGGUGCAGCGCUGUCCCUGCUCACCCCCGAGAAAGCCAACCUGAUGCUGUUGUCGCCAGAACACGAGGGCCGCUGUCCCCUCAGGGAGAAGUGGUUUGGAACACAAUACAGCGUGGAGGACAUCCAAGCGGAGUGGAUGGAACGCUGGACGGCAAAUUUGGAGCUGAGCGGCGAGCUUUGCCUUCCCGCCGAGAACAAGUUCAUCGCCUCUAACUUCACCCUCAAGCCUUCCGACUGCCCCGACACAGAAUUCCCCGUGCGCAUCACCAAGAGCGACAGAGGCUGCCUUUGGUACAAGAAGGAUAACAAAUUCAAAACUCUCAAAGCCUACAUCAGAUUUCAUCUCAUCUCUCCUGUCAUCCAGCAGUCGGCUAAAACCGUGGUGCUCUUCGACCUGCUGGUCAACAUCCUGGGCCACAAUCUGGCCGAGCCCGCAUAUGAGGCCGAGGUGGCCCAGCUGGAGUAUAAACUAGUGGCGGGCGAGCACGGGCUGGUGAUCAAGGUCAAAGGAUUUGACGACAAAUUGCCUCUGCUGUUCCGCCUGAUCAUCGACCACCUGGCUAGCUUCAAGGCCCCUCCAGACGUCUUCAGCAUGUUCUCGGAGCAGCUGAAGAAAACCUACUUCAACAUCCUCAUCAAGCCUUCCAAGCUUAACAAGGAUGUGCGCUUGCUGAUUUUGGAGCACGGCCGCUGGUCCAUGGUGGAGAAGUACCAGACGCUCAUGGCCGGCCUGAGCAGCGACGAGCUGGCGGAUUUCAGCCGACGACUCAAGGCCGAACUGUACGCCGAGGGCCUGGUGCAGGGCAACUUCAGCAGUGAAGAGUCGCGAGGCUUCCUGGAGUACGUGACAGACAAGCUGCAGUUCUCCAAAUUGCCAGUAGAGGUGCCAGUGAUGUUCCGAGUGGUGGAGCUGCCGAGGCAGCAUCACAUCUGUAAAGUCAAGUCUCUGAACAAGGGAGACGCCAACUCCGAGGUCACAGUCUACUACCAGUCUGGAUCCAAAGACUUGAAGGAGCAUACGCUGGUGGAACUCUUAGUGAUGCUGAUGGAGGAGCCUUGUUUUGACUUCCUUCGUACCAAAGAGACACUUGGGUACCACGUCUACCCAGCCUGCAGGAACACUUCGGGCGUUCUAGGUUUCUCCAUCACAGUGCAAACGCAGGCUUCCAAGUUCAAUACGGAGCUGGCCGACUUAAAAAUUGAAGAGUUCCUCGUUUCAUUUGGAGAGACGCUCGGCGCGCUGACUGACGAGGCCUUCCACGCUCAGGUGAGCACUCUGAUGAAGCUGAAGGAGUGUGACGACACACACUUGGGCGAGGAGGUGGACAGAAACUGGAGCGAGGUGGUCACAAAGCAAUACGUGUUUGACCGACUCAACAGAGAGAUCAAGGCCUUGAAGCAAAUGAGCCGCAGCGAGCUGCUCACCUGGUUCCGCGACCAUCGAGGAACCGACAGCCGCAAACUCAGCGUCCACGUGGUGGGCUUCGGCGUCAAGGAGGGCGACGACCAGAACAAUGACGAUGGCCGGGGACUCCCCGCCCAGGGCAGCUCGGCUUACGGCGAAGUGUCCAGGCUCUCCUUCCUGACGCCCUCGGCCAAGAUGGCGGGCGCCACCGCCAUCUUGGACAUCAAUGCGUUCAUUCAAAAGUUGGCCCUUUUUCCCUAUCACAGGAGUCACUAAUCGGCUGACCUGCUCCUUGCUGUGAAAUGAAGCGUGCAAAGGAAUACUUUCAGUGAUGAGUGUAGUAGUUUGACUCAAUAAAAGAAUCACCUCUGCACAUUUGAA